GGGAAGUGAGGUAAGUCCGUUUCCGGUGGUAGGGUGGAGUUGUUUGGAAUUUGUAUUGCGGUGUUUGUUUGAGGCAGCGGCAACUUAUCCAGACACCAUGGGGAAGAGGCAGCACCAGAAAGAUAAAAUGUACAUCACUUGUACAGAAUAUACCAACUUCUAUGGUGGCAAGAAAGCAGUUAUUCCACAAGCGAACUUCCGCCGCUUGCCCUUUGAUCACUGCAGCUUAUCUCUUCAGCCCUUUGAGUAUCCAGUGUGUACCCCUGAUGGAAUGGUGUUUGAUCUCCUGAGUAUCAUUCCAUGGAUAAAGAAAUUUGGAACCCAUCCAACCACUGGAGAGAAAUUGGAUGUUAAAUCACUCAUCAAGCUGACCUACUACAAAAACAGUGAAGGAAAGUACCACUGUCCAGUGAUGUACUCUGUCUUCACAAACAACUCGCACAUAUUGGCUGUCAAGACUACUGGAAAUGUCUAUUCAUUUGAGGCUGUGGAGCAGUUGAAUAUUAAGACCAAGUGUUACAAAGACCUUCUUAAUGAUGAACCCUUCAAUCGGCAAGACAUCAUCACAUUGCAGGAUCCAUCCAAUGUGGACAAGUUUAAUGUUUCAAACUUUUUCCAUGUCAAAAAUGACCUGAAGGUUCCUGAUCCAGAUGAGGAGAAAGCAAAAUCAGACCCAUCGUACUAUCUUAAAACCACCAGUAUGGAACUGAGGGAGACCUUGAGUGAACUGUACAGAGACUAUAAGGGCGAUGAAAUUCUGGCAUCUAUCAUGAAAGAACCAGAAAAGAAAAAAGUGGAUAAAAUAAAUGCGGCACAUUACUCUACAGGCAAAGUCUCUGCUUCUUUUACGUCUACAGCAAUGAUGCCAGAAACUACACAUGAAGCAGCUGCCAUUGAUGAUGACCAGGUUCGUUAUGGCUACGUCAAAAAGAAGGGAUAUGUCCGACUCCACACAAACAAGGGGGACCUGAACCUGGAGCUACACUGUGAGAUGACUCCAAAGGCAUGUGAAAAUUUCAUCAAACUGUGCAAAAAGGGGUAUUACGAUGGAACAAUCUUUCACCGAUCUAUUCGGAACUUCAUGAUUCAAGGAGGUGACCCCACUGGUACGGGCACUGGUGGAGAAUCGUACUGGGGAAAACCUUUCAAGGAUGAGUUCAAACACAACCUCUCACAUGCAGGUCGAGGCAUCCUCAGCAUGGCCAACUCUGGACCCAACACCAACAAGUCGCAGUUCUUCAUCACAUUCCGCUCAUGUGUCUAUCUGGACAAGAAGCACACAAUCUUUGGAAGGGUGGUUGGUGGUUUUGAGACCUUGACGGCCAUGGAGAAUGUGGAGAGUGAUGUGAAGACUGACAUGCCAAAGGAAGAGAUCAAAAUUGAGAGGACAUUAGUGUUUGUGGAUCCUUUUGAAGAAGCAGAUGUUUUGAUUGCAAAAGAAAGGGAGAGAGCUCGGAACCAGGAAGAAGAGGAAAAAGCCAAAGCAAAGCCAGUUGUGCCUAAAAGCAGUUCAAACGAUGCCCCAAAAACCUACCGACAAGGUGUUGGAAAAUACAUCAACAUGGGAGCUACAAAACGAGUGGCAGAGGAUCAGGACAGUAGCCCCUCCACCAGCAACAGCAAAAAAAUCAAAGGAAUCACCGGCUUUGGCAACUUCAGCUCGUGGUAGAACUGACAGCAAGCAGCGAAUGAGCAAGUGAAAAGACCAGCCGCAAGCAGUAAUGUUGGCUCCCCAGCCCCACAAGAUCUCAUUUGCAUUCAAAUGAUCUAAAAGAUCCAGAGGUUGUCAAAUAAGUGACUGAAUUUCUAUGAAAAGUACUCUUUCUCUUAUAACUAAAAGUAAUGAUGGGGAAGCAUAUCCUUGAGUAUCUUUGUUAUGCCUAAGUUUCUAUUUCUAGUGCACAUGAGAAUGUAAUUGUUGCGUUUUGUUUCCUUGAUGACGGACCAGAUUCUGGGCUUUUUUGAAGCCUUGGCUGCAGAUGAUGAUAUCAGCUAUCAUUUGUCUUUUUUAAAAAAUAUAAAUUUUCCCUGUGCUGCUUUAAUUAAACUCAGUUGGAUUCCUAACUGAGAUGAUUCAUCCUGCGUUUGGUGUGCAAUUCCAUAGAGUUCAGACUUCCUCAUAAGGAAACCUAGCAGGUGUAAAAGAACAUUGCUCGUGGGUUUGUUCCACUGAAGUGAGUAACUAUGUCAUUGGCUCAGGCCACACAUCUCAGAAGCAGCUUACUUUGCUUUCAUUAAAUUGUUGAAAAAUUACAGAGAGCUCUUCCUGUUCCAGUGACUUCAGCCACUUUGCUGAAAACAUUGCAGAUCUCAAAGUCUGUGGCUACAAUAAUAAGUCUUCAUAUGCAUAACACAUCGAAAUGGUUCAGCUCCACAAUGUGUUGAGACAGAAAGUUGCCCACUUGCAUUAAUUUGAAUCUACACUCUGCUCUUCUGCUUCACCACCCCAAUGCCAAAUUUCAGCCAGAAAUACACAGUGGUGCAAGGUUGCAUUUAUAUUUGAGGGGGACAGAAAUUUAAGAACUAAUAUUUCUUUUCCCCUCACCACCAACUGGGACACAGAUGACAUUGUAUGCUUAACCACCAGUCAGAAGACUUAUUUUCCUCAAGAAACCUUAGGCUCUAUGGAACCCCUACUAGAUUACUUGGGGAAGGACGCAAAUCUUGAAUCACCCUCAUAUUUUCAAAUACAUGUGGUAUGAUGACUGGUAUGCACAUUUUCAUUGAUGCACCUUGUCUAAUUGUUGCUGCAGCAUUAAAAUUUGGCCCAAUUUAGCUGGCACCCCAGUCUUUAACCUAUAGGCUUGCAAUUUCUUCAGAACAAUAAACCCUUUGGCCUGGUUUAAAAA